AUGACGGAAUUUAGGAGAAAAGCAAAAACUAAAAUGAGAAGCUAUGAUCAAGAAAUUGAAAGAUCAUGGGAUCCAAUUUUUUUUUAUAUUUACGGACCUAGAGAAAGUGGAAAAACAAGUUUGAUAGAAACUUUAUUCGGAGAUGAAAUGUAUAAUAAAUCAAUUAAAUAUUUAGAUUGUAAUUAUUGGGAUGAUUAUGAUGGAGAAGAGAUAGUUUUGUUAGAUAAAUAUCAUAAAAAAAUUGAUUGGAGAGAUAUGAUGAAAUUAUUAAAUGAUAGUGAUUAUGAAAUAGAAGUAGAUGAAGGUAUAUUCAAACCAUUUACUACAAAAUAUUUGUUUACGACAAAUAGAAUGUUACCUGAAGAUGCAUACGAAUUGAAUCAAGGAGAUAAAUCUGGGUUGAGUAGAUUUUUGAAUCGUAUCGAUUAUAUUAUAGAAUUUAAAGGAAAAUGGAAUGAUGAUAUUAAUAAACGAACUACUGAACUUAUAUUUCAUAAAGGUAGUAAAAAAAAAUUUCAUAAUAUGGAAUGGGAUGUGGAAUUGAAUAAUGAUGAAUAUAAUAAAGAAAUGUUUGUUGAGGGUAUUCAUUUUGAAAAGAAUGGAAAGACUUACUGGAGACGAAAAUUUCCUGAAUAUAUGAAAAGAUAUUUAAAAGAUUAUCCGAGAUGUAAAGAGAUAUAUGAAUAUAUUGAAGAUAAGUAUUCAAAUAAAAAUAGAUAUAAGAAAGGAAAAGUAUCGGAAAGAGAUUAUAAUAUAGUAAUAAGAGAUUCGAAUAAUGAUGUUAGGAUUGUUAGACAUAUAAAAGAUAAAAAGGAAAGGUUGGGAGGAUUAUUUCCUAACAAUUAUUCAAAAAAAAUGAAUCAAAAUAAAUCAUUAUGGUCACAUGAUGUAAAAUGUUUACGAUAUGGUAGUUUAAUUUUAUUAGAUGAUGGAUCAAUAAAAGAUUUAGAGAUUAUCAAAUUAGGAAAAUACACUAUAUUUGGUGAUGAUGGUACAGAUAUCUGGUGCAAUUUUCAAGGCUAUCCUUUAUUGAUACAAUGUAAAUAUCGUACAGUAUGUAAAUUUUGUAUUUCUAAAAGUAAAAUAUGUUAUCAUAAGUAUUGGAAAGAUGACAUGAUAGCGGAUGUUAAAAAAUUUGAUGAUAAAUUAUCUGAAUAUAAAGUACCUAUUUUUGGAAUAUUUGUAAUUAGUGAUAAAAUAGGUAUACAUAAAGAAAUUAAUAAUAUGAGAUUUAAAAAUAGUAUGAUGGUUAUUAAUUUUUCGAAUGAAUUAAAGAAUCAGAUUGAUGAGUUAGGUAAAACUUUUUUAUCAAAAACACAAAAUAUGGAUUGGUCAAUUAGUCUCAAUGAUAAUAGUCGUAUUGAAUUAGAUUUAGUUUAUCGAAGUUUAGAAUCUAUUCUUGAUAACAGAUUAGUUUCUUAUACGGAUUUAUUUUUUAAUAAUAUGAAAAAAAUACUUUUUUAUAUUAGAAAAGCAUACAACAUUACCAGUUUAAAUGAUAUUUGUAAUAAUUUAGAUUCGUUAAAUAUAGUAUAA